UUGUCAAACGACGUAUGUUAAAGCAAUGUUAAGGAAACUGUAAAAAAAAAUGUGAAUGUGGAUGAUAUGUGCUAGUUUGGGCAGACUUGACAACCCUGCCACUGAAAUAAAAUAAUAAACAAAUAUAAAGCUGCAAACAAACGAAAAUGAAUCACCUCAAAUGGAUGGGGCACACGUCCACCAUAAUGGAUAUACAACGCGUGCUGCUCAAUCAGCAAAGCCACAAUCAGAGCUGCGAGGUAAUGCUGGUGGCCAAAGACGGCGUUAGCGUGCGGGCGCAUCUCUUCGUGCUGAGCACAUGCAGCGACUUAAUGCGUAACUUACUGGUGGAUUUGCCUGUUGGCCAGGAGGCCACAGUUAUACUUCCAGACAUACGCGGUGAGCUGCUGGAGAUCAUGCUAUCGUUUAUUUAUAUGGGCGAGACCAGCUUACCUUCAGCGCUCCUCACCGAUUUCUUGGAGGCCAUCAACCUACUGGGCAUUAAGUCAGCCAUAAGUUUCGAAACCAAUCCUUCAGCUAUGAAUACGUCUAGUGUUAGCGGUGCCAUGGCAUUGGAGAAUGCCAAAUCCAUAUCUGGCUUGCAUAUUGCCAACUCUGCGCUUAUGGAGGAAGAGGAGGAGGAUGAUAGUAAUGCUAUGGUGGGUAAGCUGGAAGUUGCAAAUACUGUGGAGCAGGAGCAGACAGCUCGACCCUUGGAAUUUCUAGACGUUUAUGGCGAUACACCUAAGAUAACAUACUCCAUAGAGCAUAUGAGUGGCAGCGCGUCUGGCAAUCAAUAUAUUCUAACCGAAAGUACGGGCACAUAUACCAUAACACAAUCCGCAGCACCGCUGACCAAGCUAGAGACGGCAGUGGUGGCGCAUCCGGAGCAUCCAGUGGUCAGUGCCAGUGCUGAGCUGCAAGAGGAUGAAGCUGAGGCAGAAGUAACUGACGAUCAUGAAGAGUCCGAAUCGCAGAUCAUUGAAGAAGAGUAUGUGCCAGCCGAUCCCAUGACAGACAUGGGCACCGAUGCAGAUGUGGAUAUGCAUGAUGAAGAGGAAGAGGAGGAGGAGCAGGAAAUGUUGAAUGUCAAACCACGCAAAAUGGAACUGGAUGUAAAAGUACUCAAAAGCAGACCACGGCAACGUGCCACAGCCGCCGCAGCGGUAAGUACACCCAAGUGCGUCAAGAAAACCAUGUCAAAGCAACAUCAACAAUUUGCUGAGCUCAAAAAGGAAAUCAAAGAGGAUAUUAACGAUGCACUUGAUCUCGCCGCCGAUGCGGUGCUGCACGAAGGGUUAAGCCUACAAAAGGCCGCGGAUCGCUAUGACAUAUCCAAGACAGUGCUCUGGCGAAGGGUGCGCUCCAAUCCCGCCUAUAUGAGGAUCAAACGCGAGAAGCCAUCGCUUUCUGAGGCAUACGAACGCCUGAAGAAUGGCGAUUCACUAAAGAGCAUAAGCCAGGAUCUGCACAUACCCAUGUCAACGCUGCAUCGACACAAGGUGCGUCUUGCGGCACAAGGACGUUUACCCGAGUUUGUUGCCUGUCGACGGCGUGACAGUACUCCGAAGGACGAGCUCCGUGACAAGUUGGCCAAGGCGGUGCAUGCCUGCAUCAACGAUGGCAUGUCACAGAAUCAUGCGGCCAAUCUCUUCGAGAUACCCAAGAGCACACUUUGGCGACAUCUCCAGCGUCACGUCGCCGAGGCGGAACAAAAAAUCAAGGAGGAACUUGAAAAGGACGACGAUGCAGAACUUAAUUAGAUAUACAUAGUGUUAGACAUACAGAUUCAUCUUACAUUACGCUAAACCAUCUAGACAUCAUUUAGUCCUAAGUUAUGUUAUUAAAAGUGUUUUAC